AUGGGUUAUCCACUUUUGACAUUGUGUCUGCUUGUUGCUUUAUCUAUCAAUGUAAAGGCAUGGGAUGCCGGAGCAAUAAUUGGACGUACGAACGUACUCAAACCUGUAAAAUACUUAGUGACAAUUAAACGCGAAGGCAAACCUGUUUGCCGUGGUGGAAUUAUUGGGUCUCAGGUUAUCCUCACAGCUGCUAGCUGUUUUUUGGACAAAACUUUUAACGAUUUUAUUCCAGGAUCGUUAAGUGUCAUUGCUGGAUAUGAUAAUGCAACUGUCGUUGCUGACGUGGCAAAGAUUUACAUUCCUAAGGGUGAAGUGAACAUUGCCGUAUUAAAGCUGAAACAACAAAUCAACCUCCAUGAUAGUAGGAAACCCCUUCAACGAUUGUCUUUACCUAAAAAAAUUCGAGGUGGUAUUUAUAAAAACUACUUGAACAAGAAAGUCAAGAUUGCGACUUUUGACGAAGAUGACAGCAUCACUUUUCCAUAUUUGCUUGGUGUAAAGGUUACUGAUGAAGUACAAUGUAUUAAAAGAUGGAAUCGUUAUGUUCAGACAACUGAGUUAUGUGCAAAAAUUGAAGACGAAGGUUAUGCGCCUAUGAGAGUUUGCGAUACUGACCUGGGAACUCCACUGGUAUUCUAUAAUAAAGUAAUUAUUGGAAUAACGAUAGUACCACCAAACCGAUGUGUUCUCAACGGCGAACCAUUCAUUUACACGCGUGUCUCAUCUUUUGUGCCCUUCAUCAAAGCCGUCAUAGAAGUUAGAGCUCGUAUGAAUGGCGAAGAAAUUGUGGGUGGCGUAGCAACAGAACGCCAUGAGAUCAAAUACCAGAUUUCUAUGCAAGUUUUGGGAAUUGAAUGGUGUGGAGGAAGUAUCAUCGAUGAAAAGUUCGUAUUGACAGCCGCUCAUUGUGUUGUAGAUGAAGACAAUGAAUUUCUGAUUCAUUAUCCAUUUAAAGUUGUGGCCGGGAUAAAUGAUGUUAAUGAUGAAGAUGAGGAUAAGAUCGAAGUUGACGUUGAGAAAAUUUAUAUUCCUGCUACCUACAGUAAACAAACGAAAACUUCUGUAGGUGAUAUUGCCGUGGUAAAGGUGAAACAAAAAUUUGAUUUAGGACCCAACUCUAACUUAAAAAAAUUAGCAUUACCACCAUCCACUGAGAAACGACUCACAUGCAUGAAUUCAUACGUUGAUACUGAACCUCUGAUUUCUGGUUUUGGUUGGGAUGAAGUUACCUUGAUUCCCCAUCAAACUGCCGAUAAUAAAACCAAAUACGAAGAAGAUGGUACAGCAAAAGGCAAAUUACUCAAGGCAAAAGCUUUAGUAAUUGCUAAUUCAGAAUGUCAAAUCUUCUACAAGAAGUAUGUGAUUCACGACAGUCAAAUUUGUGCUAAACUUAUACAACAUCCUGUAAAUGUACAUCAGGGCGUAUGUUCGGGGGAUAGUGGAAGUCCUCUUGUAUUGAAGGAUGUUCAGAUAGGAUUAGUGAGUUUUAAUUAUCUUGGUUGUAAUGACAGAAAACGACCUGCUGUUUACACCAGAAUAUCGGCAUAUAUUAAUUUUAUUAAUAAAGCCAAAAGAGAUAACGUCACUGUAGACAUGCGUUCUCAAGUUUGGUCUGAUGAUACCUAA